AUGGAUACGGAGGGAGUUUCGGGACUGAAGAUGUUGGCCGCAGUUGGUGAUUUUGCUCAACGAUCAGGGGAGCCACUAGACGAGGACAUGUUAGACAAACAAUUGAUAACAACAACCGCCAUCCGCAAAUGUGCCGCUGGACUUGGGGCCUACAUACAAAUAGCCGCAAUCUGUUUCUGCCGGUGGACACAAGAAAGCGAUGGAGGGAAACCCCCACGGUCUCCAUUGGGAGCUGGAAGGGCUCACAACCCAGCGGAGGCGUCAAAGGCAUUUAUUCCGCGACUUGGCAACAAGUUGACGGAUGACGAAGAAGAGACAGAGGACAAAGAGGCUGCUAAGCAAGACGUUUCCUUCGAUGCCGAUGAUAUCGCAGCAGCUCGCGCUACUGUAUUGAAAGUUCUACGUCAACAAAACGAAACGCCAGAACAACCGCUAGCGGUGCGUGAAGCGUACGAGUAA